CACGACGUGAUCUACCAGUAUCACAUGAGGGUGCAGGGAGGGAGGGAGGUGGUGUCUUCCAGGCUGGGAGGGCUCAGCGAUGCCUUGAUGGAGUAUGGGCCAGGUUUUAGGAUUCUCCCACUGCCAGGAAUAUGGCUCAGUGGCAUCCACUCCAGAUUCAACACCCCCAUGCACUGACGGUGGUAAUGAGGAGUCGGAGCUGUACGAUCUGCAAACAGCGAGGGAGUGGUCCGAGGACGAGGAGGCGGGGUACGACGACGAUGACACUCUGGCAUCAUCCCCGUCCGUCUGGGGCACGCCGCGUCAGAACUCCUUCGAGCUGACCUUCUCUUACAUCGCCAUUGCUGAGCCCGAGGCCGUGGGGGCAUCGCGGAGCCACCGGGACAGGCGCAGGGUCGGCCCUCGGGGGAGUCGCACCUCCAUAGCGCGCAUGGACACCCCGGAUACGUCAUUGGACUCCCCCGACGUGGACUGGGACCCCCACGGCUUCCUGAGUGAUGAGCACGAGGAGGCGUCGGAAAGCAGCGAGCAGGAGAGGGUGGAGAUGAGGACAGUAAGCCCGAGGUGGAGGCGGAGGAGGCGAGCUGAGACCAUAACCAUGCAGCCAUCUCCUCAGAGCCUGGAGGGUGAUGCGGGGAUCCAAAGUGAGGAGAGCAGUUUAGCCCAGACUGAGCCGCUUCCUUUCACAUCAUCGCAAACGCAGAUACUUCCGGCAGCAGCGACGACCUCAGCCCCUGAGCAUGAGUCACCCGUCGGCGGGGAAACCACGACAAAGGAGCCCCAACGACCCACCGGCCCCGUGUCCUCGUCGCCUGCCACCGUCACUCAAAACACUCAGGAACAGCCGGCCAGCCAGUAUCCGUGCUCGGCCCUCGAGCCCUCAGAAAGCCCCCACAUAGCAGUGAUGGACCUGAUCUACUGGAAGGACACCGAGCGAACGGGCAUGGUGCUGACAGGUUUAGUGGUACUCCUACUAUGCCUGUUCCAGCUCAACGUCAUCACAGUGGUCUCCACGGCGUCCCUGGCCAUCAUGUGCGUCACCAUCUCAGUGCGCAUAUACUACAAAAUCCUCUACAUCCUCAACUGGGGUGACGGAGUACACCCCUUCAAGUCCUACCUGGACAAGGACAUCAGCCUGAGCGGCGAGCAGACGGACCUGCACAUGCAGAAACUCAUCGUCACGACUCUGUCUGCCGUGGACAGUCUGAAAAGACUCUUUUUUGUCGGAAACCUCUUUGAAUCUCUGAAGCUGCUGUUUCUGCUGUACCUUAUCACAUACCUUGGGGAUCUGUGCAAUGGCCUCACCCUCCUCAUCAUAGGUGUGAUCGCUCUCUUUUCUUUGCCGCUUUUCUACCGUCAGCGUCAGGAGCAAGUGGACCGGGUGAUUGCAAAAAUCCAGGCCCAAAUUGACAACGUUAAGGACUUUCUACAAAGACUGGCCCAUGGUGGCGGCCCUCCUCCCGACACGACCCCGGGCGUUGCCAAGCCUAAAGGCCAAUAAACUCUCACGGAUGUCAAUGUUGAAGAAGAGGAAGAAGAAGCUGCGGGCCAUCACUGCGAUGUCUUACCCAGCAGUCUGAGAGCUCCACCAGACCAGGAGUGGGGGACGGGGAGGCGUUUACUUAACUGGAGGGUUUACAUGCGGUACUUUUAUGUGCUAUUAACUGUGUUGAAGUUAUUCAUAACUUACAUGUGGGGUUUAAAUGUCCAAAAGUGACAGUUGAAAAGCUGUCAUCCAAAUGGAAGGAAGUGGAAACUUACCAAAGUUAGGAAAGGGAGGUGAGGUGUUAGGGUGGAACCUAAAAACAAAAAAUACAGGGGUCAUUCAUUUAGUUAUUCAUUGUCAUGACUGAGUGUGUGUGUGUGUGUGUGUGUGUGCGUGCGUGUUUGAGAGCGGUAAAUGAACGUGUAACAAGCAAUUAAAGUCACUUCAUCUUUCUUUUUCAACUUUUUAUUUCCUUUUUCCUCCCAUCACAUUUUGACCAUCAAUGAAAUGUGUUUUCAUUGUAGUUAAAAGAAGACAUUGAUGUGUUUACUUUAGAGGAGAUGUAAGAGCAGGUGCCUUUCUUAGUCUAUAUAAUGCCAAUAACUCCUGAAUGUUUGCUGGCCCUCGUCAUAGGAACCACUUCCCUUCUUUUAGCCAUAGACUUUUGUAUGAUGCCUUUGCGAUGACAUGACAACGGUUAUCUUGGAGGUGAAAAUCACUUUGAGAAAUAAUAAAAAUUGUUCAGGAUAGUCACCCAACAAGUACAAGUCUCCUUUAAGUUUGCAUCCCGAUGAACAUAAUCAUCUCAUACGAUAGUGAAAGUGUUGUAUUGAACACAAAGCCUCAUCUUUACUUUCCUUAAAGCUAUAGCAACUUCAUUUUUUAUUAUGUAUGCAAUGUGUCUUUUUUUGUCAUCCAAUCACAAAAUACAGAUAAUGAUAAUGAUAAAAUAAUACAUGUAAUGUUUUUAAUCAACGCAGAUCAUACGGUUGUCUCACAAAUGUUAUAUGCC